AUGGAUCAAACUGUAUAUGAAACACUCACAAGCGUUCUUUCAUUGGAUUCUAAUACACGGAUGUCGGCUGAACUACGACUGAAAGAGCUUGAAAAGAUGCCCGGCAUCAAUUUAAAAAAUUAUACAAUUUCUCAUUGGUCCUCCGCUAGUGAGAAAUUCUCGGGAUCAGAAUUAAACGAGGAGGCAAAAGUUACUAUACGCGAAAUUGCAUUCAAUGGGUUGUCAGAUCCUUCAAGUAAAAUCCGUGUUACGGCGGCAUAUAUUGUUUCAAAGAUUGCACACUACGAUUGGCCUGAAGGUUGGCCUAACCUCUUAGACCUAUUAAUAUCACUUUUAAAAUCUGGUUCGCCGGACCCAAUUCAUGGAGCAAUUAGGGUCAUGUCUGAGUUUGUCAAAUAUGAUAUUACAGAACAACAAUUUGUUCAGGUUGCACCAUUGUUAUUGCCGGAACUUUCGAGAAUUUUACAAUGUGAAAAAAUUUACUCUUAUCGGACACGUGGGCGGGCAAUUGCCAUAUUUCGACAAUGCAUCGAAAUAUUGUAUAUGAUUAAAGAAGAACACUCUGAAGCUACUGAAUCAUUUUUAACAACACCAAUUAUUCCGGAAUGGUUGCAAAUAUUUGUAAAUAUUUUGAAACAACGGACUACAGACAACGAAGAACGGGAGUAUGAAGAAUACGGACUGAAGUUAGAGAUUGUUAAGUGUCUCAACAACAUUAUUAAAUGGUUUCCAAAAAUAUUAUCUUCAUCGUUAAUUUCACUGUUAGAACCUAUAUGGACAGAUCUUGUUCGUCAACGUGAAAGAUAUCCUAAUAAUGAUUACUGUUUUUUUGUUCAUCCGUCUGGUGAUGCUGUCAGUACUUAUCAAGAUUCUGAUGGAGAGGUUUUUGGUUUUGAAAAUUUACUUUUUGCGCAAUUCGAAUUUGUGGGUCUUUCUGUUCGAAAGAAAGCAGCCAAACCCCUCUUUAUUCAGAAUAAUGGGGAGGGUACAUUCAUAAAACAAAUUAUCUGGAUCAUCCUUUCAUAUAUGCAAAUGACCGAAGAACAGGUUGAAUUAUGGUUAUCGGAUGCAAAUCAAUUCGCUGCCGAUGAUGAUGAUGAAACUUUCAAUUUUAGUGUCAGAGUGGCAUCAGGAGAUCUUUUAACCGUUCUAAUUGACCAAUUUCCUGAGCAAACGUUGCAAGCUUUAGCAGAUUCAACGUUACAUUUCAUAGAAGAAUCCAAUAAGGCACGAUCUUCAGGAGACCAAAUUUGGUGGAAAAUUCAAGAGGCAUGCCUAAAGGCCAUUGGAUUUGUCUCCAGCGAGCUCACUGCCGCACUACAAGAUUCUAAUUCUAAAGUUAAUUUUGAUCUCUCGGGGUUAUUCGAACACGUUGUUUUUGGCCAUUUGGCUGCUACAGAUCUACCUUUCCUUCAGGGGCGUGCUUUGGUGGUCUUUAGCCAAUAUGCUUCCUUAUUACCUAGUGAACUAAUAUCUCGUUAUGUUUCUGCAACAGUUGAUGCAAUUCAACGUGACGGAACCAUACCUGUCAAAAUAUCAGCUUUACGUGCUUUACAAAAUUUCUGUCGACACUUGGAUAAUCAAUAUGUGUCACCCUUUCAAUCCAAUAUUAUUGAAGGUGUUGCAAACCUUCUAAAUGUUACAUCUGGAGACUCACUCAUAUUAGUAUUGGAAACACUCCAUGAAGCCAUUAAAAUAAGUAAUGAAGUAACUGCGCGCUAUGAACACCUCAUAGGUCCACUCAUUAUUGACGUCUGGACUAAGUAUCCUACUGAUCAUACCAUUGCACCUAUUGUCACCGAUCUUUUUGAAACAUUGGCAAGUAAUCUGGACGCUUACGCUGCAUUUCAGGCCAGAACUUUGCCUCCUUUAGCAAAUAUGUUGUUAAGUAAUACGGAUCCCGCGGUGACAGCGUCUGUGAUAGAUUUGAUUUCAAGUCUUGUUAAGGGUGGGCCUUCGCCAUUGCCCUCUCAAUAUGUCGAACAUGUGUUUCCCUCGCUGAUGCACUUGAUGUUAACCACCGAAGAUAGGGAAAUUUUGCAGAAUGGCGAGAUUUGCUUAAAGUUUUUAGUUCAAAAAGAUUGUGAUCGAAUUGCACAAUGGACAAAUGAAACAGGUACAUCAGGUUUAGAUCAUGUAAUCCAAUUUAUUGCGAAGGCGCUUCAACCAAACGAAGGCGAAUCUGCUACUUUCCUUGGUGACCUUGUUAUCAAACUCAUUAAAAAGGCAGGUGACAAACUUCUUCCAGUUCUUCCGGAUUUACUUAAAGCUGUUGCAACUAAACUGGAAGGCGCACGGACUGCUACUUUCAUACAGUCAUUGGUUUUGAUAUUCGCGCACGUGCUCAUUAAUCAACAAUCGACGGUGAUCGACUUUUUGGCCAAUCUGAACAUUAAUGGUCGAAAUGGCGUUGAAGUCUUGCUUAACACUUGGUUCGAAAAUCACGAUAGUUUUCACGGUUAUUAUAGUAUAAGAGUAAGUGCUAUCGCGCUCUCUAAACUCUUUCUAUUAUGCGAUCCGCGGAUAGAAAACCUUCAAGUAAAAGGAGAUUUGAUCGUAACACGAUCUUCGAGAAUAAUGACGCGCUCAAGAUCUCGUCAAAGUCCAAAUCAGUAUACUUAUGUCUCUGCGAAUACUAAGAUUAUUAAAUUACUCCUGUCGGAUCUUCAAAACUCACCGGAUGGUGAUAACCCAAGGCGUUCAGAAUUAGAUGAACUUCUUGAAGAAGAAGAGGCUAUUGAAACCGAAGAUGAGGAUGAUGAAUGGGAAGAUGUCGAAGAACCAUCACCAUUUGCGCCCUCGGAGGAUUACAUUAUCCUUUCUGAAUACGCAAACAAACAGCGAGACUUGGAAGUUCUAGAGGAUGAAUCGGACGUAACGGAUGACCCUAUUUACAACACUAACCUCAAGGAAUAUGUGAUGGAAUUCUUUCGACAUUGUGCAGCCCAAAACAUUAAUAAUUUUGCACAGAUUUGUUCCAAUCUCAAUCAAGAAGAACAACAUAAAUUGCAAUAUAUAAUUAACGGUAGACAAAUAUGA